UAUAAUUCGAUCGGACUCCAAUUAGAAAUCAUUUUGCCAAACCCCUAAUUUAUGAUGGGGUAGGCCUGAUGGGAGGACAAGGUGGUACUCCCACAGCACCUAAACGUCCCGGCCCAUCGAGGAUGGAACCCCACUGCAAUUGCGCAAUAAAUAUCUCAUUUCUGAUUUUAAAGAUUAUUUACAGAAGAUUAAGCGAAUUGGGAAUUCUACGUCCAGACAAGACAGGGAAGCUGACUUGCGCAGCCCUUCUACGCGUCUUCUGCUGGGACCAAUUUCCUCGGUUUCACGAACCUCUUCCAUCUGAUUUUCUCGGGAAAGUUGGAGCGUUUUCUCUCUCAGCUUCGAAGAGUGGGAAAGCGAUUAUUGAAUACUCGAUCUCGAUUUGGGUCGUGCGGAGAUGUUGGGACUCGGGGGAAGGUACUACUGGGGCAGAUCGGAAGGGGGGAAUUCCAGAGGAAUAGUGGUGGUGUUCGCAUGGAUGUGCAGUGAGGAAAGGCUUUUGAAGAACUAUGUCCGACUCUACUCCUCCAUUGGUUGGGAUUCCCUCGUUUGCCAUUCCGGAUGUCUUAACAUGUUUGUUCCUGCACAGGCCACAUCAUUAGCAUUUGAUCUUCUCGGUGAGCUUGUUAAGGAGCUAAAGAUUAGGCCACGCCCUGUCGUCUUUGCACCUUUUUCUGGUGGUCCAAAAGCUUGCAUGUACAAAGUUCUUCAGAUUGUUGAAGGGAAGUGUGAAACGCAGCGUGAUCUGGAUGAUUGCCAACUGGUUCGAGACUGUAUUUCUGGCUACAUUUACGAUUCUAGCCCCAUAGAUUUUUACAGUGAUUUGGCUUUUCGAUUUUUUCUUCACCCAAGUGUUCUUAAAAGGCCCCAUCCACCAAGACUAUUAUCCUGGACGGCAAAUGGCAUUAGGUCUGGGUUGGAUGCUCUCUUUAUCUACUGGUCUGAAUCACAGCGUUCUGACUUUUGGCAGACCCUGUACUCUUCUGUUAGCAUGGGAGCCCCCUAUUUGAUUUUAUGCUCAGAAAAUGAUGAUCUUGCUUCCUAUCAAACCAUUUGCAAUUUUGCUCAACGUUUGCAAGAGCUUGGGGGCGAUGUUAAAAUAGUGAAAUGGGAAGACUCUCCUCAUGUAGGUCACUAUCGCUUCCAUCCAACUGACUACAAAGCUGCUGUGACUGAGCUACUUGGAAAGGCAGUGCUAGUUUAUUCCCAAAGAUUUCAACGACUUGAAGGCGAUAGAAUGGCCAUAGAGGAGACGCAUGAAAAAUUCCCUAGGCCAGACUACAACAUAAGAAAAGCAGGGGGGAUGUCUGGCGAGAGCUUACAUGGAUUAGCCCUUGAGUCGAGUGAUCACUUCGUCUUGCCUAGCGCAAUGGAGUACCAUGAGGUUGAAGAUGUUGGGUCUGCGCAAGACGAACACGGGAGUGGUUGCAUUUAUGUGCCUAUCCCACCAACUAUAAGUUCCUCCAUGGUUCCUGAUCACCUUCUUUUUGACGUAUCUGUCCCCAAGAAUGUCGAAGGUUGGGAUAUGACUACAAGGCCGUCAGUCUCCUUGAAUGGUACAACAUCUGCUUCUGCUCAGAGAAGUGCAUCUUUCCAUCUUGUGAAAUCCGCACGGCGAUCAAGGCUGUAAAUCUCUUGGUGCAGAAACUCAUCCCAUGGGCUGUCCAUGAGUUCAUUGUAGUCUCAUUCCGUUCCGGGAUUCAGUUUUGAAUGCAACACCGAGCAGCCACGAAUAAGCCAGUAAAAUCUCCAGCUAAGUUACACGACUAUUGACACUUUGCUGUUUUUGGGGGUAAAAAGGAGUUUAACAUGGUUUAAGUUGAUGGCCUUUCUUAUAAUUUAAAAUGUCCACAUAAUUAACCGGAGACAUGAAUUGCGGAGUUUGGACUUCAGUUGGAGAUGGAUGUGUUGUGAAUAAGAGCCAUUCAUGCCCCUAUUCAUGUAAUUGUCUCGUAUAAUCUGCCAAUCAACCGUGGCUUGCAUGUAUUAUCUUUUAUACGGUAUAAGGUUAUUAAUAAAAAAGCUAUACUGUUGCUUAGUAA